ACCCUUUUCAUGGAAUCGAGGCUCGAUUUGGCGGAGCGGCAGCUGGGGAAACAAAGCUCCAAGCUUUAGACCGUUCCAGAUGAAUACACGAAUGCGGCGCUAAGCAUGAUGUCAAAGCGUGGCUGACGGGAGAUCACCCAGGCAGCAGCGAAGCUUGGAGUCUGGACCAAUGCUAGGGGUAGGCGUGAGAGGUACCUGUGUCUGCGCGACAGAGAUCCCGAGGAGACGACGGGACUCCGGCGUCUCGAUCGGCUGGUACCUUGCUUAGAUUACGUGGUAUGACGGUCUACAAAUGUCGGCCUACCUACCAUCUUGGACACACACAGAGAACGAAGGCAUACAGAAGCAUGGCUCAUUCCCAAACAGCUGCUGCGUAUGAUAUUCUUGCAAGGUCGCAAUGGUGGGCUGGCUCAGUGCAUUGUAGAGACUAAGCCAGUAAGGUGUCUGGUGCCGUCAACACAUGUCACGGAGUACAUCCACCUUUUUGACGAUAUGUUAUCUGCCGGUUGGAUGUAAAUACUACUAUUUCGGUACCCAACGUAAGGCCUCAUUUACUAUAUCCUACGGGACGAGCCCGCAAAGUACAGCCCUAAGUGAACUUGAGGGAUCUGGAUGUCGGUGGUGGUAUUCAUGGCUUAGCAAUCAAUCAUAUUCAUAUUGUUACUUCUGCGUCCGCAACAUCUCAAGGGAAUGAAAACAGC